AUGAGUAGAUAAGAGAUUUCGGAUAAUAAUCAAACUAUAAAUAGCCAAAAAAAUAACUCUGAUAAAAUUAAAUCUUUGAAAAAAAACACAUAAUCUAUUGAGAAGCUUCUACAUAAUUUAGAAGAUGCAUAGCUUUAUCAAGAUUAACUUGCAAAGGAGUAAGACAUUUUCAAGUUAAUUAAGAGAAGAAUGCUACAAACCAAUUUAUCUGAUAAGCGUGCUCUAGGAGGAUUGCUAGGCACUGCUAUACUUGGAGUCAUAGGACUUGCAGCAGGUUUAAAUAUAUUAGGAGUUGUAAUCGGAGGAAUUUUAGGAGCGUUUUUAGGAAGUUACGCUGGUAAAAGGAUUAAAGAAAAUGCCCUGAGGAAGAAAAAAUUAAUGAACAUUGAUUUACAUGUCAUUAAAUUUGCUGCUUACGUUUCUUAUUUGAUGGAUUUGCAAUCUCAAGUGUAAGAUUCAGAAGAAUUAAGGAUGACCUUGAUACUUCUUAUGUCUGAUUGUAAAAUGCUAAUCCUUUAUAGCUAGAAGUUUUAGAAGUUAGAAAAAAAGCAGACAAUUAAAAUAUAGAAGAAGCUCUUAAAAUUACUAAAAAAGGACAAAUUCAUGCUAGCUUGCUUAGAAAUGUACUGGAUGGUAAAGCACUGGAUAAAAGAUAGCUAAAAAUAUGCUUAAAUGCCCAUUGAAGCAUAGGAGUAAGUUGAGAAAGAAAUAGCUAGAAUUUCUUUCAAUUUUUUACGCCCUUUAUCUAAGCUGAUGGGAGUAAAUAUGAGAAGCUUAAAUGAAAAGCAAAAAAAGCUUGAAUCAAAAAUAAAUCUGCUCCUUAUGACAGCCCCUAUAUUGAACCUUCGUGAGAAAUUUGCUCAAUAAUAGCAUUUUUAAGAAGGAAUUGAGUAGGAGUUUCUUGAAAACAUUUACAAAGAAGUAGAAUUAUAACAGUUGAAAGAAAUAUUAGAAGAUCAAAUAGCUUAAGACAUUCUCAAAGAGGAUUAAAUAGAAAUUCAAAACUAGUAAAAAUCAGAGUUAAAUAAAAAUAGUCUUUCUCACUCUAAAAAUUAAGCAUAGUAAGAUGAAAGUAAGUCAUAGGAUGCUUAAGAAAACAGAGAGCCUUCUAACAAUAACAAGUCUGCUAGUUAGAAUUAGUAAUCAAAUAUUCAAUCAGUCUCGAACAACAAUUCACAGAUUCAACCCAAUCCAAAUCAUUUUCAUACCAAUACUAACAAAUAGAGGUUAAUUGAUUUAAUAAAUAUGGCUUCUUAAUAAAAGUAAUAGGAGGAAGAUUUCACAAGCUUUAAUUCUAAAUUCGCACUUGAACACUUUUAGUCUUAAUUUGGCAGAUAAAAAUAUUUGCAAAAUGAUAAGCCUAAAGUUUUGCUCUUUGAAAAAAUGGCAGGAGAAAAGUAAAACGAAUAAAUAGAAAACCAAGCAGAAGGUAAUUAAGUUAGAGAAGAGAAAAAAUAAAACAAUACUUUUUUGAUUACAAAUUUUCAACAUUCAGAUGAUGUUCUUUAUGAAGAAGACUAAGUUGAUAACUAAAACGGGACACGCCACAAUCAAAAAAACCUUGCGUUGUUAGAUUUGCAGUAUUAAUAAUUUUUGAAAGACUAAAAUGCCAACAAAAAGGCAAACGACGGAUAUAUCCCAUAAAAGUUUUUAUCAAAUAAUGGAAUUGAUGAAAAUCAGUUUGCAAGCCAAGCUGUUUCUUCUAAUGAAAUUUAAUAAUAAAAUUGCCAAUAAGAACAAAACCAAAAGUCCAACUCAAAAAAAUCCUUAAGUAAUUUUGUUAAAUCAAUAAACGAUUACAACUAAAACAAUGAAGACUAAGAAAUUGGAGAAAAAGAUACCAGCAAAACAGAGUCAAAGUAAGAAAGCCAAGUAAAUGAUCCUGCUAAUUAUUUAUCUCAUGGAGAGGAUAAUAAUAAGCAUUUCAAAAAGAAUGUGUAGCUUGUCUAUUAAAAGAAAUAUUAACCAAGCAGAAAUUCUCAACAAACGAAUAAGACAGGAAGAAUGAGUAACAUGAGUUUAAUUAUGGAUGAAGAAGAUCUUUAAGCUGCUAUUUAAGAACUUAAAUUUGAUAACUAAAUGCUUAACCAAAAUAAAGACAUUCGCAUUAAGCACAUCAUCCAUGAAAAUCUCCAUUAAGUUGAAAAUAGCCCUUCUCAAAGCUUUGUCAGGAAUAAAAGAGGAGAUGUUUUUCUUAAAAUGAACAGUUUUGAUUCAAUAUCAACUCACUAAAACCAAAUAAAAGAAUCUUUUGUUGAUAAUAAUAACAUUAAGUAAGACAAUUAAGUAGUAAUUGAUAUUAGCCAGAUUAAUUAGCUUCAAAAUGACGAAGUUGUUCAUAUAAAUCAUAUCAAAGGAUCUGAUAAUUAGGAUCAUAAAAAAGAUACCCAUUUUCAUGUAGAGCAUGCUCCUAAAUCAAGCUUUUGCUCCAAUUUCGGCGAGCCAAGAAACAGUUAAAAAAGUAUUUUAGGAAACGAACUUCACCAAAAUCAUGAAGAGUAAUAAAUACUAAAAUCACCAUCUUAGAGAAAUUCAUUAUCUUAAAGCAAAAAUUUGAAAGUCAUUCACAAUGAAAAUCAUGGAAAAAACUAAAUUGUGCACUUAGGCUAAAAUUAGCUCUAAGAAUUUGAAUCAAACAAGAAAGAUUUCUCAUCUUCUAAAGGAACAAAUAGUAAUCUAUAAAGGGUUUUUGCUUAAGAAAAGGGUGAGGGACACCAUUUAGGUGCCAUACACUUAGAUAUAGAAAAUAGUGGUAUUUAUGCUAAAGAUGACCAUGAAUAAGUAGAUAGAGUAGUUAUUUCAAUGCUCACAUCUUCUUAAGUAAAAAAGAAUAAUUCUUAACAGAAAGUUGAUGUAGAAAUUGAAGAAAAACUCAUAAAACUAAAAGUACUUGAUGAUGAAGACCCAGACAAGUGCUGGGAAAAGGUAAUAAACAAGGAUAAGAUAUCAAUUUAUAAAAAAUCAAUACCAAAUAACCCAAGUGUUAUGGUGAGAGCUGAAGCAUUUGUUUCUGAGUGCUCAUAAGAUGAAGUGUUUGAAUAAAUAUAUUAUGAGAACAACCGUAAAAAAUGGGAUAAGGUAACCUUAGGGUUUUCAGUUAUAGAGUAACUUGGAGAAUUCGAAGAUAUUAUAUACUUUUACAUAGAUCCUGGGUUUGGAGUUACUAAAAGAGAUUUCUUAUAGAAGAGAGCAGUAAGAAGAGAUUACCCAUUAAAAGGUGAAAUAACAAUCGUUUUCUUCAGUACGACUCAUCCAUCUAUGCCUGAAAUUAAAGGUAAUAUUAGAGCUAUCUCAAACAUAGCUGCUUACAUCAUCAGACCAGUGAAAGAAGGUAAAAAUCAUUGUCAUUUAACUAUAAUAACCUAAAGUGAUAUAAAGGGACAAAUACCUAAGUAUAUUGUGAAUUUCUUGGCAGCCAGAGCUCCUGCAAAGUGGAUUGAGUCCAUGAAAAAAGGAGUGCUUGAUCAUAGAAAGCAAAAAAAGAAAUGA